AUGCACCGUUUUCCUCCAACUAUCGCGGUCCGGAUAUGGAACCUAUCCCACCGGUUGAUUACCAGCGUAGAGGAUCGCCCCCACGUGGGCGUUACGAAGGCCGUGAGUCGUUUGGCGACUAUGGAAGAUACUACGAAACAGGUGGUGCUGCCCAGGCGCGGCCCGGUGAAUUCUACGACAGCUAUGGCGGCGGAAAUUAUGAUUACUCGUAAUUUCAUCAUUCGUAUAAUUACCGUUUUAAGAAGCCGUGGCUAUCGCGACAGAGAGAGAGGUCGGAAUUACGAAUCAUACGACUACGGCUACUAUGGCGACCAAAGAAGCCGCUCACCGCGGUCGGCGUCCGGAUACAAUGGGAGACCAUGAGGUAAGUUUACUGGGUUCGCCUCGUGAGAGAUACGGCCGAUAUCGGUGCAUUAGUCGAAGUGUAAAUAAGCUUUCGAACGCUUGUCUCAGCGAAAGUAUUGCCUUCACUACGCAAGGCUCUUGCCAGGUGUGUCAGAGACGCAGUCGCUGUCUACUCCUAGGUUACUGCCUUCAAAAUCCGGACAUCUCUGGUCAGGUCGUUAUAUGUUCUAGCGGCCCCCGCCUUGUGACAACAGAGCCUUAACUUGAAACAUUCGAAACCCCAAAAAACCUUCGAUCAGCCUUUGCCCUCGUUACGUCCGCUGUCGUACUCUUCAGUCAUCGACAAAAAAACGCUAUCAAGGUAGCUAUUCGUCGAAAAAAGCGCGAUAUUCAGUCCUCACAUACCUGUUCUGUUUAGCGAAUGUUAGCCCGUCUCCAACUCCAUUGAACUUUUCUAAAGCAAUGGUUCUUUCGUUGGUGUUUUCAGCUAUCCGCGGUCGCUCGAGGGUCGUUUCCGAAUCAUCGAAUUUGCCGAAGCAUUUUUCAACGUCUCGCCUCCCGGUUCCCUUGUACAUGCCAAUCGUUAAGUCAAUACACUUUCUGAGUAAGCUCACCUGGCGCUUCACUUCCGUACUCGCCCUGCAUUCAAUUUGUCGUUGUUAGAUCCCGGUAUCAUCAUUUUACAUGCCAAUCGUUAAGUCAAUACACUUUCUGAGCAAGCUCACCUGGCGCUUCACUUCCGUACUCGCUCUGAAUUCAAUUUGUCGUUGUUAGAUCCCGGUAUCAUCAUCUGUCGCUACUCUAACUGACGAGCAGCCAUUGCAUCUCCAACCGCGCAUCCUUAAGCUGACUAAAGUCGCUCAUUUUUGCAGUCAUUUCUGGCUCGUGCGCCUUUCUGUGCCGCUUCGCCUUCCUGUUUGAAAAUCAUCCCGGGGCGCGUAGGGCUCUUUCGGCUCCUGCACCCUAGGUCGCGACCUUAACGCAACAGGAAAUUAUCGUCGCGAACUCAGUUUAGAAGCCUAGGUAGACGACGGUAUAAAGCGCAUCCACUAAUUUACGAGGCUGAUAGUUUAGCACUCAUAGCCCAAGUUCUUAGUCCCUCUUGAGACUUGUCGAGCCUACCGUUGCGUCGCCUCCAAGUCUCAGGACAACUCUGGAGGCGGCAGUUAUAGUUCCAAGGAUCUCCUACUCGCGAGUUGGGGGCAAUGAUAAGUGAAUACAUUUGGCCUCCUCCCAAGGCACAUUCUUCUCCAAAGUUCCCUGGUUAUCGGCGUCGGACCGUAGUUCACUCCGUGUCUACUUAUGCGUAGGUUGCUUAUCACUCAGAUUCUAAAGCUUCUUUCUACAGUCUUCGAACCUAAUGGUCCAGCUUUAG